UUGCCCAUGGCUGGCUGCUGGCUCCGGAGCCAGUUUGGCUAGGGGCAGUCCGGAGUGGAAUGGCUGGGGUGGCAGGGCUGGCGGCUUCCGCGCCGGCUCUAGCGCUGGGCAGCGAGAUUGGGCUGCUGAGGCCAGCGGCGUUCCUCUCCCUGUGGCGAUGGUAUCGCACCGAGAGGGGUGUCUACGGUUACAGGCCGAGCCGCAAGGUGGAGAGCGGGGCUGGCGACGGUGCAGAGCAACGGGAUCCCUCCCGGAGAGCAGUUGAUCAUGGGCUGGCUCGUUUAGUGGCUGCAUACCAUGAGCAUGGCCACAAAGCUGCUAAAAUUAACCCUUUAUUUACUGGCCAGGCUGUGAUGGAUAUGGUACCUGAAAUUCAAGUUCUGACAGAAGCUCUUCAAGGACCCUUCAAUACAACAGGGCUUUUGAACAUGGGAAAGGAUAAAGCAUCCCUAGAGGAUGUAUUGUCUUAUCUGGACCAUAUGUACUGUGAACACAUAUCUAUAGAAACUAGCCAGUUGGCAAGCUUGCAAGAAAGAGAAUGGAUUGCGAAACGAUUUGAAGAACUGAAACAGGAAGCAUUUACUACUGAAGAAAAAAAGCAUUUGUCCAAGCUCAUGUUAGAAUCUCAGGAAUUUGAUCAUUUUUUAGCCACAAAGUUUGCCACUGUGAAAAGAUAUGGUGGUGAAGGAGCAGAAAGCAUGAUGGGUUUUUUUCAUGAAUUGUUGAAAAUGUGCUCAUACAGUGGAGUGACAGAUAUUGUUCUUGGAAUGCCUCAUCGAGGCAGACUCAAUCUCCUCACGGGGCUUCUUCAGUUUCCACCUGAGCUUAUGUUCCGUAAAAUGCAAGGCUUGAGUGAAUUUCCAGAGAAUUCCCCAGCAAUUGGAGAUGUCCUGUCCCACCUGUCUGCUUCAGUAGAUCUGGACUUCGGGUCUCACCGCCCUAUUCACGCCAUCCUGUUGCCAAACCCCUCCCACCUAGAAGCCAUUAACCCAGUGGCAGUUGGCAAAACAAGGGGGAGACAACAAUCAUUGCUUGAUGGAGAUUACUCUCUAGAUAUUUCUGCACAACCUGGAGACAAAGUCAUCUGCCUGCAGGUUCAUGGUGAUGCUUCUUUCUCUGGUCAAGGAAUUGUUCCUGAAACCUUUACACUUUCCAAUCUACCACAUUUCAGAGUAGGUGGAAGCAUUCAUCUGAUUGUGAACAACCAGCUGGGCUAUACCACUCCAGCAGACAGAGGGAGGUCCUCUUUGUACUGUAGUGAUAUUGGUAAGAUAGUUGGCUGUGCAGUUAUCCAUGUUAAUGGAGAUGAUCCUGAAGAAGUCACCCGAGCUGCACGAUUGGCUGUUGAAUACCAGCGUCAUUUCCGCAAGGAUGUGAUUGUGGAUUUGCUGUGCUACCGGCAAUGGGGUCACAAUGAACUAGAUGAGCCAUUCUUCACUAACCCCACCAUGUAUAAAAUCAUCAGAUCCCGUAAGAGUAUUCCAGACAGUUACACAGAGUGUUUAGUAGCCCAGGGACUCAUGACUGCAGAAGAAGUGUCUGAGAUAAAGUCUUCUUAUUACUCUAAGCUGAAUGACCAUCUUGCCAACAUGACUUUGUACACCCCUCCAUCCACCAAUCUUCAGGCUCAUUGGAGUAUUAUGGUAGAACCAUCGGCAAGGAUUACUACCUGGGACACAGGCAUUGCGAUUCCACUCCUUCAGUUUGUUGGGGUCAAGUCUGUGGAAGUGCCACAGGAACUGCAGCUGCAUAGCCACAUUCUGAAGACAUAUGCCCAGUCAAGAAUGCUGAAAAUGGAAGAAGGGGUAAAGCUAGACUGGGCCACAGCUGAAGCAUUAGCCUUUGGUACUUUACUCUGUCAAGGUUUUAAUAUUCGUCUGAGUGGUCAAGAUGUUGGCAGAGGAACAUUCAGCCAGCGGCAUGCAAUGUUGGUGUGCCAAGAAACCGAUGAAACCUAUAUCCCUUUGAAUCACAUGUCACCAGAUCAGAAAGGCUUUCUUGAGGUGAGCAACAGCCCCCUCUCUGAAGAAGCUGUGCUUGGCUUUGAAUAUGGAAUGAGUAUUGAAAGUCCCCAGUUGCUGCCCAUAUGGGAAGCUCAGUUUGGUGAUUUCUUUAAUGGAGCUCAGAUAAUAUUUGAUACAUUUAUCUCUGGAGGAGAAGCAAAGUGGCUCUUACAAAGUGGAAUAGUAAUUCUUCUUCCACAUGGUUAUGAUGGUGCAGGACCAGAACAUUCUUCUUGCCGAAUUGAACGUUUCUUGCAGAUGUGUGAUAGCUCUGAGGAGGGGGUUGAUGGUGACCACAUCAACAUGUCUGUUGUACACCCAACAACACCAGCUCAGUAUUUCCACUUACUCCGUAGACAGAUGGUCAGAAACUUCCGGAAACCACUAAUUGUUGCUUCUCCCAAAAUUCUGCUCAGAUUGCCUGCUGCUGUCUCAAGCUUACAGGAAAUGGCCCCAGGAACAACAUUCAGACCAGUCAUUGGCGAUUCAUCAGUGGAUCCUAAAAAUGUCAGCAGAGUGGUUCUCUGUUCUGGGAAACAUUACUAUGCUCUAGCAAAAUAUCGGGAGGCGCUUGAAGAAAAGAAGCAGAAUACUGCAAUUAUCAGAUUAGAAGAACUGUGUCCUUUCCCACUGGAAACUCUGCAGCAGGAGAUGAACAAAUUUACAAAUGCCAAAGCAUUUAUCUGGAGUCAAGAGGAACCACAGAACAUGGGGCCCUGGGCAUUUGUGUCACCAAGGUUUGAAAAGCAACUCGCCUGUAAGCUUCAUCUCAUAAGUAGACCACCGUUACCGGCACCAGCAGUGGGCACUGGAACAUUACAUCAAAAACAACAGGAGGACCUUCUCAUCAAAACCUUUGCUUGAGACUUACCUGCCUUGUAUUCUUUAGAUGUUGACAUGAGGCCUUUUGUUCUAGCAAGCAAAUAAGAAUACUAUGAGCCUGAACUUGUUUGUGAGGUGUACUGCUUAACCCUGCAGGGCACAAGCCAGCCACAGUUGAAUGUUUUUAAAGUCCUGUUAAUCUCACAUGCUUAAAUCUCUCCUGUUAAAGUUAAUGGGAUUGAAAAGCACUUAAUUUUGGCUGGAUCAUGAUCAUUGAGAUUUCCUCACCUGUGAAUGUGAUUGGUAAUGGCAUUUUUAAAUUUUAAAAAAAUCUUUACAAAGGGCAUGCAGUUCCUUAAAUCUAAGAUUGCACCAAAGCUAUAACAACUUUCCAUUUUUGUACAUGUUGCAUUGAUGGCAAAACUCUGAAAGAAAAACCAAAAAUACCCAAUAAAACUUCUGAACUGGGAAGAUUAAGUUUUUCCAUUUAUAUUUAAGAAACAUGUUUGGGAGAGAAUAAAAGCUCACUUUCAUUCAUAA